AUUCAAUAUGGCGAUAAUUAGUGUUGUGUCCGUUUACGAAAUGAGUCAAAAAAUGUUACACUUGUAAAAGUUCAUAUUGAAUUUAAAUUGACACGCCGAACAAAUCGUAUUGUUUUUAGCGACACUGACAUGUAAUUUUAAGUAAUUGUUGUUUGUAAAUUAGCGUGUUUGGAUUAAGUAAAUUAGUAAUAUAUUUUAUACAAAAGGUUGUGAUCUAAGAAGAAUAAUUACGAGUUAGUUAUUCAGACGGAAUGUGGGAAAUUUGCGAGUACACAGAGGAUUAAAUUAAUAAAACAAUCAUGACUGAUACAAGAAGAAGGGUGAAGUUGUAUGCCUUAAACGCCGACAGGCAGUGGGACGAUAGGGGCACGGGGCACGUUUCCUCAUCGUACGUGGAAAGAUUGAAGGGAAUUUCCCUUUUGGUGCGCGCAGAGAGUGACGGCAGUCUGCUGCUGGAAUCGAAGAUCCAGCCCGACACCGCUUACCAAAAGCAGCAGGACACCCUGAUUGUGUGGUCUGAAGGGGACAACUUCGAUUUAGCCUUGAGCUUUCAGGAGAAACUUGGGUGCGAUGAAAUCUGGGAGAAGAUAUGCCAGGUGCAAGGGAAAGACCCUUCCGUGGAAAUCACGCAGGACAUUGUGGAGGAAUCGGAGGACGAGAGGUUUGAUGACAUGUCGGAUUCCGCGCCUCCGGUGGAACUGCCCAGUUGCGAGUUGGGCAGGUUGGAGGAAAUCAGCGAGUUGAUCAGCAACUCUCUGAAUUCCCCCAUGAGGAAGGAGAAGCUAGCCGCUGCGAUAGAAAAUGAGGGCUACAUACGUAAAUUAAUAACUGUGUUUCAUAUGUGUGAGGACCUGGAGAACACUGAAGGGCUGCAUCAUCUAUACGACAUAUUUAAGAAUAUAUUUUUGUUGAAUAAAAAUGUAUUGUUUGAAGUGAUGUUUAGUGAUGAGUUAAUUUUUGAUGUGGUGGGUUGUUUGGAGUACGAUCCAACAUUACCAGCCCCCAAAAGACACAGGGAAUACUUAAAGCAACAAGCCAAAUUCAGAGAAGCAAUCCCCAUCAAAAAUCAAGAGUUGUUGUCGAAAAUUCAUCAGACAUUUCGUGUUCAGUACAUACAAGACGUAGUCCUUCCAACCCCAUCAGUUUUCGAGGAGAACAUGCUAUCGACACUGUCCAGUUUUAUAUUUUUUAACAAAGUUGAAAUCGUUGUCUUAGUUCAAGAGGAUGAGAAGUUUUUGACUGAACUUUUUACCAUGCUAACCGAUCACAACACGCCCCAUUCAAAACGACGCGAUCUAGUUCUGUUUUUAAAGGAAUUUUGCAACUACUCCCAGAACCUGCAACCGCAAGCUAAAGAGUCGUUUUACAAAACUCUAACCAGCUUAGGUAUCCUGCCCGCACUGGAAAUAACAUUGGCCAUGGAUGACCAGAAAACAAAGACUGCAUCUAUCGAUAUACUCACCUAUAUUGUGGAAUAUUCCCCAUCAGUCGUUAGGGAGUACACCCUACAGCAAGCCAGUAACACAGAUGAGGAUCAAAUGCUCCUCAACAUUGUCAUUGAACAGAUGAUCUGCGAUACCGACAACGAAUUGGGGGGUGCUGUUCAACUAAUGGGGGUUCUGCGAAUACUGUUGGACCCUGAAAACAUGCUGACCUCUGUAAAUAAGUCUGAAAAGACGGAUUUUCUUAACUUUUUCUACAAACAUAGUGUUCAUACUUUAAUAGCUCCAUUACUUGAAAACACUGCCCAAGACGAGCUGCAAAAAGACGACUACCGAAGCGUGCAACUGCUCGGCCUGAUACUGGAACUGCUGUCGUUUUGCGUCGAGCAUCACACGUACCACAUAAAAAACUGCAUCCUGAACAAGGACCUGCUGCGCAGGAUACUCGUGCUAGUCAAGUCGACGCACAAGUUCCUCGUGCUGUGCGCGUUGCGCUUCAUGCGCAAGCUGAUCGCGCUCAAGGACGAGUUCUACAACCGCUACAUCAUCAAGGGCAACCUGUUCGCGCCCGUAGUCGACGCGUUCGUCCUCAACAACGGCCGCUACAACCUGCUCGACUCGGCCAUCAUCGACCUCUUCGAGUUCAUCAAGCUCGAGGACAUCAAGACGCUGUGCACGUACGUGGUGGAGAGCUACGGCAAGCGCUUGGACGAUUUCUGCUACGUGCAGACGUUCAAGGCGCUGAAGACGCGCUACGAUCAGCACCAGGACAAGCUCAAGGACAACAGGGACAAUCGGAACAACCUAGAAGGCGUGCCGUCGAUACUGCGGAACUCGCGGUACCGGCGCGACCAGCGGCAGAUGGAGGAGGAGGAGGAGAUGUGGUUCAACGACGAGGACGAGCUGGACGACGGCGAGCAGGUGGUGAUGUUCCACAGCAGCGACAAGCUGAUCAAGAAGAUCGACCCGGAUCAGGACGGCUUGGCGGCCGUCGCCGGCAAGACCGCCGCGACGGCGACGCCGACGUCGCCAACGCCGCCCGUCGAGGCGAAAAAGCAGCAGCAGCCGCCGACGGCGCAGCAGGCGCAGCCGGCGGCGCCCGAGAGCAACGGCCCGGCGAAAAUCAACAACAACUCGAGCGUCGCGACGCCCAAGUCGCCGGCGCUGAACAACAACGCCGACGCGCCCGCCACCGGCGGCGACGCGACGACGCCCACCGCGCCCGCCCCCGGAAGCGGCGGGGAGAACAAGGUAGCGCUCUUUAAAAGAAGCCUGGUGGACUACGAAGGCGGCGACUCGGACGAGGACGAAGAGGACAGCGGCGAGGUGACGAAACGGCCGCGGCUAUCGUAGUCGCCCACCUCUUUUUUUUUUUUCGCCGACAAUCCGCAGGUGAGUGACUCGCGUCGCGGACUCGAGUGCGACGCGACCGCCGCCAAGUGUGAUCUCAUCUCUAAACCCCCCGCGUUGUGAACUAAGUGCGCUAUGGAAGAACGGUCAAUUACCCCCCCACACUCACAAAACCGCCCCGCUUUGUUUUGUAAAACAGUAAAACCGCCGUUAUUCGUGAAACUCGAAGCGAACCGACAAGUUUUCGCCGAAAGUUUCUCGGUUCCAUAAUUUACAGGACCAAACAUCCGCGGCUGAAAAUCGAUGAUUUUUAUCGUAAAAUUCGUCGAUGAUUGUGAGACUAUAUACAUUCUUUUUUUUUU